AUGCAAAGGAACAACGACAAGGAGGAAGCGAGGACGUGUUCAAGUUGUGCAGUGGCAAGCGUGGACAUUGAGAACAUCACUUUUUCGCGCCUGAUCAGGUUCUCUGCUGCCAAGAAGGGUGGAAAAUUCCCAAUCCGCAUCAUCCUCUCCGUGAAAACAGACAACUGCGAGACUAUUCAGGAGGCCAAAGGAAUGGAAACUGACCCUGGUGGUCGGUUGUGGGUGGUUGAUCAAGGUAGCAGCAAAUGUCCGAGUAAAAUUUGGAUAUUCAACCUGCUCAACAACGACAAUACCGAGCACGUUCACCAGUUCCCGGACACAGUCGUCUCACAUUCAUAUGAAAAAAGGGCCCUGCGUGAUAUCGUGCUGGACAAAACGCCAGACGAUUACUUUGCGUAUAUCACGGACUUGAGAUCUGACCACAUCAUCGUUUACACCCGGAAAUUGGACAAAUCCUGGUCAGUUAAAACACCAGGGAGUAAAUGGAUUUCCUUGGCCCUCUCUCCUAACAAGGAAGCGAGGCAGAUGUACCUUGGAAGAACUGAUUCCAAUGAACUGUAUUCAGUGUCUAUUUCUGAGCUGAAGACUGAAGGCGUUGGAAGCGUUGCUGUCAAAUUCAUCAGCAAAUGGAAAGAAGAACUCUACAGAAUGGUGAUCGACAACGCCAAUGUCGUGUAUGCUGCCAUGCUCAAGCAGAAUUGCCUCUCUAAAUGGAAUAUUUCGGAGCCCUUUCGUGAGCAUCGAUUCUACGACGAGAUCGGAAGUCUGGGUGCUUUUUGGCCAUUUACUUUUGCCUUGGACACGAAUGGCAAUUUGUGGAUGACGCAGAGAAGUGAGACUCAGGGUUGGGGUGAGCGUAGGUAUUAUAAACUACUCAAGGCUGCAGUCGGCGCCAGAUCGUAUUUACACAGCACGUCCACGGCCUCGACUACGCCUCAAAUUAACGUGAAUGAAGAGACUAAGGAAGUCGUGAAAAGCACGACGACGCCGAAAAGCAUUGGAACUCCCCGACCGGCUCUGAAUUCAAACGAAACCUGCGGAGGCUGUGCUGGUCUUGCAGAAGAUAACCGCAAUAGUCCGUCUUUGAACACAAUUCUGAUUAGUUUGCUCGUGUGUUGCUUGGUCUUGAGUGGCACUGUCAUUUUGUGGCUGACCCUGAGGAUGAGGCGAAUGAAAAACUCAGCAGAAUUCGCUGCACAAUAAUCGUGCAGAAAUGUCCGUUUUCCCGGAAGACCCGCUGUACGACGACGUCGGGCCCGAAAAUUUAAGCGAAGAAUCCACACCUGAGAACCCUGACGAAUCGCUGUACGCUGAAGUUGACCCUGAUUACGCCAGUGCCAGGAACCCUUCUCCUGAGCCUUACGAGGAACCUAUUCGUCUGGGAAACACCAACGCCGGGAAAAAACCAUCGGAAGAGAACAAUAUUUACGACGACGUCGGACCAGACCCUUCUUCACGACAAUCACACAACAAAAAUUUAGGACGUAAGCCAACUGAGCCGGUGCAGUAUCUUGAAGUGUUACCUUAGCAGUGGCGAAAUUCGGCUUAAUGGGUCUAAUUAUCGAUUUAAUCUGCUUUCUCAUUAUUUAGCAUAAAAAUAUUUUCGCAUCCAGUUGUCUGCUGAAUUUCAUAUUUAAAAUUUGUGUUCAAUUUUAAUAAAUAGUUAAUUUAAAAUUAUUGUAGAGCUCAACAUAAUCGCUUUUUUGUUUUUUAAUAGAAUAAUCAUUUGUUUGUAAGAAUAUUUCGUGUUAAAUAAAAAUAAAAAUUACA